CAGUGCGUGUUGUUUGUCUUCGCUCUUUGGCGUAUCUUAGCUGCUUUGUCAGUUUGUGUUCCAGGUUCCAAGUGUAAUUGCGGAACAUAGUCAGCUUUAUUUUCUGUGGCGCGUCGAUCGUUUAUAUAGUUAGCAUCUCUACCAGCAACGAACAUGGCAACUUCGCGAGUGACGUUGCAACCAGAUUGAUUGGGCCCGCCCGCGGAACAAAUGCCAUCACUGCAAAGACGCCCACGAUUUCAAUGUCAGAAAGAGGCCAUAGAUAGCUUCCUUUUAGCUCUGUUUGGCGAAAGGAAGUCGACGAGCAUUUCUCCCAGUCGUAGACCACUGACACAAGCGACCAGCACCACCAGGUAGACGGAGAGCAGGACCAGCUGCGCACUUGGACAUGAUCUUCACGAAUAACGCCAAAUAAAUGCAGCGGCUCCUACAAGGGAGAUGCUCGUCACGGGGUCGCACGAGUGGCAGUGUGACUAGUGGCCACGUUGUCACAUUUGAUCCGGGUCAUCGAAAUUCGAACAUGUUCUUGAGUAGCUGCAGCGGUCCAACAGCGGAGCGAUCGCCGCCGACGAACUACCUUGCGCGCCCGCUGCUGCAUACGCCCCGCUCAGGUGUCGCAGUCUCAGACCUUGCUACGAUGAAAAAUAAACUUUGUCUUCUUGCAUGAGCAUUAGGAACGUGACGAGCUUGGCCUUGGCGCUUUUCGCAUCACAUGUUUUUUUGCCGGGUUGUUCUCCUACGAAGUGCAGUUUGGACUGGAGACGAGCUCGCACUUGUCAUGGGUAUUCUCCCUGUGGAAAUAGGUGUCAUAUGGUAUAAGUCUUUCC